GUAGUGUCCGGAAGAAGGACUGUCGGCAUGGCGGAUAUAUUUUUCACUUCAUGCUUUGCUUUUCUGUGUCUCUAUAUAAUACCUUAGCAUUAAUAAUCGCCUUUUAUAACCGUGGCGCUGCAGUGAGCUGCAUUUUCAGCCAUUACCGGCUGUGUGCACACGGCACAGCUGUGAGCCGGAGCAGCCGUCACACCGCUGUCUGUCUGUCCGUCUGUCUGCACACGUCGUGACUUGUGACCCAGUUUGGUUUGACGGACCUGAGGAGGAUACAACAUUGGGAGCCUGAGCACGGACCGGUGACUCUUACUUAAGUCAAAGAAAUCAAAUUUGCCUCAGUGAAAAAAACACACCAAACACUAACAAUGGAUGAAGUAACUGCAGAUGUAGAUGAGGAGGUGACGAAACAGGACUACUCCUCAGAACCACUCCCAGAGCCACUCCUGAUAAUCCUGUCCCCACCUCCACCUUUCUUACCUGUCCCUGGUGAACCGACCAUGAUUUGGCACAAGUGGCUCAAAGCUUUUGAACACUACGUUGAAGCACUCGGUGAAAGCGACCUCGUCGACUCCACUAAGUGUAUGCUCCUACAGAACUGCCUCGGCCCAGAGGGCCAGCGUAUCUUCACAGCACUGAUCCAGAGUGAAACCACAUACGCAUCAGCAAUCUCAGCUCUGACGGUCUACUUCAACUCUAAUCAAAGCUCUCAGAUGUACCGCCUUAAAUUUCAUCAGAGGGCUCAGAUGCCUGGAGAGACUGUCGAUCUGUUUGUGUCUGCCUUAGAUGAGCUGCUUAGGCUUUGCAGCUAUGGAAACUUUCAAGAAAAACUUAUACUGGAUCAGCUGAUUGAGAAAACCAACUGCCCACAACUCAAAGAGAGGCUGCUGAUGGAGAGGGAAACUCUAACCUUGGAUAAGGCGUUGGCUAUCGGCAAAGAAGUGGAAUCUGCUUUAAAUGAAUCUGAAGUGUUUGGUUUUCAUGAGGUCAGUGUGGACAUUGGAGACGAUUUAGACCUUCCUGUUCAAACCAAGCGCAAAAGACGACGGCCUCGGCGUGGGGGGGAAAGGCCAAAAAACAAACCAAAACCACGUGUGACUAAAACCCCAACAAAAUCACCUCAAUGCAAAGAUAAUUACUAUUACAGCAACGACAAGCUUUAUUAUAGUGGAAAUGAAGAUAAGUCUCAGAGCGUUGAUGAGACUAAUCUGGCUUCUGAUGAAGCCAGCGAUAAAGCAGGAAAUGAUAAAAGACAGUUGUCAUCAUCAUCAUCACCACAGAAGAUAGAAGAGAAAGGCCCCAACAAAGCUAGUGAUAGUGCCGAUGAUGAUGAAGACUUUCUCUUUUCCUCGUCCAAUGUAAAAGGCCCCUACUGUCCCAUCUGUGUUGACAAGCGCUUCAGAGACGCAAACAAGCUUGGCAGACACAUGAGGACGCACACAAAGGAGAAACCGUUCACCUGCCCGGUAUGCGCCAUGACAUUCAGCCAGUCCUACCACAUGACGCGACACAUGAGGAACCAGCACGGUGCAGGCCAGUUUGUUUGCUCCACUUGUGGGAAAAGUCAAGGUAGCUUAGCAGAGCUGCAAAGUCACAAGAGGACGCAUGUGUUGAAAGUUCUGUCAUGUCCUGAGUGUCAAGAAAAAUUUACUAACAAGGAUGUGUUUAUUUGUCAUGUCAUGUCACAUGGCACAGACCUGUCCCUCCUGCCCACCCUGACAGAGGGACAAACCUCCCAGCAGAGCGAUGACGAGAAAAAUCAAGAACUAGUCAAGCUAUGUGACAAAGAUAAUGAUAAUGUUGCUGAAAAUGAAGCAGACACUGAUAAUGGUGGUUCUCAGGAAAAAGAAUCUUUAGUUACUGUCAAGCUUGAAGAUAAGACCGCUGAUGAAGCCACAUCUCAAGACGGAGACAGUCAGAAAGCAAAAGUCAGCAAAAAAAGAACAAAGGGCCAUUUCUGUCCCAUCUGUGUCGGCAGGCGUUUCAGGGGGCCAAACAAACUCGCCAGACACAUGAGGACACACACAAAGGAGAAACCAUUCAGCUGCCCGAUCUGCGCGAUGACUUUCAGCCAGAACUACCACAUGACCCGACACAUGAGGAACCAGCACGACUUGGGCCAAUACAUCUGCUCUAAAUGUGGGAAAAGUUUAGGGUCCUGGCUGGAGCUGAAAGCACACAAGAAGACUCAUGCAGUUGAAGGCCUGACAUGUCUUGCAUGUGAUAAACAGUUCAAGGAGAAGUCUGCACUUGUAAGUCAUCUUAAAUUACACAAGAAGGUCCAAUCCAACCCUCAAAGCCUCAUCUGCGGCGAUUGCGGCAAAGUAUUUGGUCGAAUGUAUCAUUUGAAAAGGCAUAUAGUGACCCAUCGCAAAGCAACAAACGGAGAGUGUUACACAUGCCCUGAUUGUCAGAGGAAUUUUGCCUUCCCAGAAGACCUCAACAAACACUUGGAGAUUCAUGUGAAAGAAAACAAUGGGACUUGUUCGAAAUGUGAUGAAACCUUCAGCAGCCCAGAAGAACUUGAGAAGCACAUGGAGGUUCAUAACAAGACUUACGCCUGCAGCAUCUGUGGGAAGAAGUUUAAGGUUGAGUAUGCGCUGAAGAAGCAUGAACAAGGCCACCAAGAUGAACAGUAUUAUUGUUCGUUGUGCCGCAAACACUUCAUGAAGCUGUCUCACUACAAAAGGCACGUAAUGGUCCACAACAGACGUGAAGCAAGAUGUCCACACUGCGACAGCGUCUUUCUAAAGUUAACAGCUUUAAAAUAUCACCUGCGGACUCAUACAGAAGAAAGACCGUACCAGUGCACCUGUUGCAUCGAAACCUUUGAAGAGAAGGAAGAUCUAGAACAACACUGCCUCAAACACAGGAAAUUCAAGAGGGAGAGGCCAUACUCGUGCACACGGUGUGAUGCUGCUUUUUCUGCACUAAUUGAGCUGACAGACCACAUGACCUCACAUGAGGGAGAGCAGCCACUGAACUGCCCUGUCUGCGGCAGGACUUUCCUGAACAAGACCAAGCUGGAGAAGCACCUGAGCAUCCACACGGGGGAGAGACCUCACCUCUGCUCCAUCUGCGGCAACGGCUUCCCCUCGGCUGCCAGCCUCAAGUUACACAUUCACAUCCACACCGGAGAGAAACCUUUCCAAUGUUCGCAGUGCAGCAAGAGCUUCAGAUCAUCCAGCGGGCUGCGACUGCACAGCAGGCAGCACAUGGAGGUGCGGCCCAGCUACGAGUGUCCUGAGUGCGGCAGGACUUACGGUCGGAUGACAGAGCUGAAGAUGCACCAGCGCUAUCACACGGGGGAUAAACCCUAUGCGUGCACGUGCUGCAGCAAACGCUUUAUUAGCAAAGAUAAACUGAACGUUCACAUGAGGAUACACACAGGGGAGAGGCCAUACUGCUGCCCCCACUGUGGACAGACAUUUACACAGACUGGAGACAGAAACAGACACAUCACAAAAUACCACUACUUAGAUACUGUAGAAACAGAACUCCUGUGAUGCUUAGGUUGUUGCUUUUGAAUGAUCGUGCCAGUGGUUUUGCAUGUUUGUAGGGGUUGGUAGCAGUAAGGAUUUUUGUUAUAUUAUUUGAGAAAUAAUAAGAAAGCAAAAUGUGUUGAAAGCUAACUUAAUCCCCGUUUCCACCAAAUACAUUCGGUAUGGUACCCUUGGAACCAAAAGUAACCCUUCAGACCACUGACUUUUCCACAGCAAGCAAUACCCUUAAAUGUUGGUGGAGUUGUUGUCACUCACUGCUCCGUCAACUACCUGCUGUGUUUCCUUGACACUCUUAACACAGAAGGAAGUCUGCACCUCUUUUAUCAUCCACAGAACGAGAUUGCAGGCCAACAUUUUUAGAACAAAAUAAAACAGGCUGCAGUGAGAGUCUCUCUCCAUGGGAUAUUUUAAAAAUAGCAGGUUUGUGCAUUUAGUCGUUCGAAGACAAGCUCAGGGGUUUAGUGUUACUGGAGCCUACAGGAACAACGCAGCACUUGGUUUUUUUUUUCUUUCAGUGAAUAUAGGGAUAUAUGCAGUUCACAUGAUCCGGUCGAAAUUAAUAUACAUAAACGCUUGAAGAUCCACCCAUUACCAAGAGUGUGUGCCAUCCAAGAGAGACAAUAAAAACUAAAGUAAUGGUCAAAUGUGUCAGUAAAAUUUAAGGUGUUGAUUGAAUCAACUCAUGCAUUGAGUAACAUUACAAGUUAACGUUCCACCUUAAAAGUUGCCGGCAGUCGGUCCAGUAAAUAAAGUUAUUUUUUCUCUGACUCCAGCUGCUGCAAGAGACAGCAAAACAUCCUUUCAUUUUAUAGUUACAGUUUAUGAAUGUAUGUAAUUCUCCACAGUAUGAACAGUGGUUACAUGAGCCUCAAAACCAGCCACAGCUCAGCCCUGAGCAGAGUGACUGUCCUCUAUUGACCAAUCAACAGACUGCAGUGUUCACAGCUCCACCUUUUAGUACCAUAGAUCUGUGUGCUAGGUACCCCAACAGAGGGGGGACCAAAACUGGGGACGGUACAGAACUGUUCCAUUGGUACCAUCCACAACUUUUCACAGUGUAAAUGGAUAAAAAGCUUACUGAGCUGAAGUGAACUGUACUGCUCAGUGGAAACAGGGUUUUAGGCAGAUUUAGGCUGCCAUGAACACUAAAUUGUCAAAUGCUGGGUUAUCCAAUUGGUAUUUUUUCAAACAUAUUCUUUUUAGAAAAGAAUAAAAUCCACUACAUUACUACAAGAUGAGGCCUCAACACCUCACUGACAGUAUCAACAAAGACAAAGCAUUACAAGUUUUCCAUGGAUGAUGUAUCACUACGGUUAGGGAUCAUUUAUUAACCACUAGAUAAAGUCUAAUUAUCAAUACUUUCCCUUUAAGCCCAGUUCAGACCAGAGAUUUGCGAUGAGAUGAGUUGAAACGAGCAGCUACUUGCAGUGUGACAAUCUGCAAUGUUCUGAAAACCUGCUAAUUUACACUGAUACGAAGCUGGAGUACCUGGAGAAACCCCACGCUGACAUGGGGAGAACAUGCAAACUCCACACAGAAUUAUGAUGGAUAUUAUAUGUAUAUAUAAUAUUAUGAACAUUAUAUAUAGCUUUUUAAAAUGGGCAUGAGGAUAGUGAUAGUGUGAUAUUGCUUCAUUUGCUUGUUAGUGAUGAAACAGCAAAAAAAUAGAACGACGUGAGCUUCAGAUGGACGUAUUCAUAAUAAAUACACUGCAAUAAUUUAAAUAACCCAGCCAAUAAAUCAGUCAUUGUGUGUGUGUGUGUGUGUGUGUGUGUGUGUGUGUGUGUGUGUGUGUGUGUGUGUGUGUGUGUGUGAGACAUGAUGCACACAUGCGCGCAGCAACAGCAACAGCAACAACCUACUUUCCAACACCUGUACACUGUCAGAACGGAGACCAACAUACGCAUCAACAGCCGCAGGGAUGUAACUAAGAUGGACUCAGGCUCAGGCAAACACAUCGUCUGCUAACAGUCUGUAACUGAUUUGGCCAGCUAACUAUACAACAAGCUGAUUGACUGUUGAGGUAGAUGACAUGCCGUAUGGUCUAAAACCAGCCACUGGCAAUGUGACAGGCAAGUCGCAGGUGACGGCAUCAGCCAACCUGGGCUGAGCAACUUUCCACGCUGCAAAUCUCUAGUGUGAACUGGGCUUAAAGGAUAUUCCCAUGUUUUUCUUUAAAAAAAAAAGAAGCCUUGUUUAACAACGCAAACUUCUCAGUGUAAUGUGUAAAAUUGUCCCUUCUCCAAAAGUAAGCAAAGAGGAGUAAGAAUCA